AUGGAUUUUCCUGUUUACAUAAGUAGUGAUGAUGAUGAUGAUGAUGAAGUAAAAGACGUCAAACCCAUCAUCAAACAAGAUGUUUACAUUAGUGAUGAUGAUGAUGAUGAAAUGCCCUUCAUGCAACAAGGUGUUAAUUACAUCAGUUCAGGGAGUGAUGAUGAUGAUGAUGACGAUGUACCCAUCAUGCAACAAGGUGUUUACAUUAGUUCAGGGAGUGACGAUGAUGAUGAUGAUGUGCCCAUGACGCAACAAGGUGGUUACAUUAGUUCAGGCAGUGAUGAUGACGAUGAUGAUGAAGUACAACCCAUCAUGCAACCAGAUGGAACCACCAUUAAUGAUGAGAGGCUUAUCUAUCAAGCUGCAUUACAAGAUCUGAAUCAACCAAAGACAGAGAGAGAUUUACCUCCUGGUGUUCUUUCAGUUCCUCUUAUGAGGCAUCAGAAAAUUGCGUUGGAAUGGAUGUAUCAAAAAGAACAAAGAAGUUUGAAGAACUGUUUGGGAGGGAUGUUAGCAGAUGAUCAGGGACUUGGUAAAACAAUCUCAACGAUUGCUCUUAUCCUAUUGCAAAAGUUGAGUUCACAUUCACCACCAAAGCUCGAAAAGCGAAGAAGUCGAAGAUCUGGUGGUACGUUGAUUGUUUGUCCAGCAAGUAUUGCAAAGCAAUGGGCAAAAGAAAUUCAAGACAAGGUUUCUCCUAAACACAAGCUCUCUGUUCUAGUCUACCAUGGAGCCAACAGAACCAGAGAUCCUCUCGAGUUAGCAAAAUACGAUGUCGUCGUGACAACCUACGCGCUUGUUACGAACGAAGUCCCCAAAAACGAGAAGAGUCAUGAUCCUAAGAAGAAGGAUGGAAAAAGAAUUCGAAAAAGACUUGCUGGUGCACUAUCAAGAGUUAAGUGGCUGAGAGUUGUGUUAGAUGAAGCUCAGAUAAUCAAGAACUAUACAACACAAGUUGCAAUCGCAUGUUGUAAUCUCGAAGCCAAAAGGAGAUGGUGUUUGUCUGGAACACCGAUACAGAACAAGAUCAAGGAUCUUUACAGCUACUUCAAGUUUCUUAGAUAUCAUCCGUACGCUGACUACAGUUCGUUUCACCGAAGAAUCACUUCACCAAUUGAAGAUGACAAUGUAAAAGGUUACAAGAAGCUUCAAGCUGUUCUUCGAGCCAUCUUGCUUCGCCGGACCAAAGGAACAUUACUUGAUGGGCAAGCUAUACUUAAACUACCUCCAAAGAAUGUUAGUUUGACUAAGAUGGACUUUACUUCAGACGAGCUGUUUUUCUACAAGGAGCUUGAAGCAAGUUCGCGAGAGGAGUUCAAGGCCUUUUCUGCUGCAGGGACCGUGUACGAUAACUAUGCCUACAUUCUUGUGUUGCUUUUGCGACUACGCCAAGCUUGUGACCAUCCACAACUUGUUAAGCUAUGCAAGCCAACUGGAAAUGCUCCUGAAAUUCCUUCUCUUGAGGCUGUGCUUGCAAGCGACUUUAGGUCAACGAAAAUCAAAGCCGUGAUGGAGACUCUUUCGUCGCUUGCAAAGCAAGGCAGGCCAAAAUUGGAGCAAGGCAGUCCAAAGUCUCUACCAAUAAAGACAUUAGUGUUCUCUCAGUGGACUGGUAUGCUUGAUUUGCUUGAGACUAAUCUCGUCAAAAACGGUAUGACUUUCAGAAGAUUAGAUGGAACAAUGUCUCUUCUAGCAAGAGACAUAGCUGUAAAAGAAUUGAACAAUGAUCCUAGCGUGCAAGUGAUGCUAAUGUCUCUUAAAGCUGGGAACCUUGGACUGAACAUGGUAUCUGCAUGUCAUGUGAUUCUGUUGGAUCUUUGGUGGAAUCCGACAACGGAAGAUCAAGCCAUUGAUCGAGCUCAUCGUAUUGGACAAACUCGGGCUGUUACUGUGACUCGUAUAACUAUCAACGACACCGUUGAGGAACGGAUAUUGACUCUUCAGGAGAAGAAAAGAGAAAUGGUUGCAUCUGCAUUGGGUGAAGAUCCUGGUGAACUAUCUGCGACUCGACUAACAGUACAAGAUCUCCAUUAUCUAUUUGGUGUAUAG